AUGGCCGGGUUCCUACAGCAGCUUGGGUUUCAUACAACCCGCUCCGACGCGUCGUUGUUCGUCUAUCAUCAGGGCACUGCCACUGCCUAUCUGCUGCUCUAUGUGGACGACAUUAUCCUGACGGCAUCCUCGCCUGGGCUUCUUCAGCAGCUCACGGCUCGUCUACGUGAUGAGUUUGCCCUCAAGGAUCUUGGAGCGCUGCACUACUUCCUUGGCAUUGAGGUCGUUCGUCGUGCCGACGGGUUCUUUCUGCAUCAGCAGAAGUACGCUCAUGAGCUUCUUGAGCGCGCGGGCAUGCUUAAUUGCAAGACCGCGUCCACGCCUGUUGACACCAAGGCGAAGGUUUCUACUUUGGAGGGUUCCCCUGCGCCAGAUGCGGCGUUCUACCGCUCCAUCGUUGGCGCCCUGCAGUAUCUCACCCUCACUCGGCCUGACCUGCAGUAUGCAGUUCAGCAGGUGUGCCUCCAUAUGCACUCCCCGCGUGAUUCCCAUUGGACUCUCUGGUGA